AGUAGUACCGUCAUCAUUAUUCGCGCUACAUCUUUUUAUAAUUCUUUUUGCGGCUUUUUUGAUAUCUGAAAAAAUGGGUCCUAAGAAAGCAAAGGGGAAAGCGACAGAUAAUGUCGACGGGGUAGACACAACGAAAAUGAAUAGAGAGCAAUUGGAGAUAUACGCCCACAAGAUAUUGGAAGAGAUGGAACGUGAACGGGAGGAAAGAAACUUUUUCCAACUAGAGCGGGACAAAUUGCGGACUUUUUGGGAAAUUACGAGGCAUCAGUUGGAUGAAGCACGCGCUAUAAUCAGAAAUAAAGAACGCGAAAAAGAGGAAUUGGCGGAGGAUCAUGAGGCUGAACUUAAGUUGUACAAGCAAAAGGUGAAACACUUGAUGUACGAGCAUCAGACUAAUUUGUCAGAGACCAAGGCCGAGCAUUUGGUUGCUCUUAAACUGGCGCAAGACGAUCAUGUCGUGCAAGAAAACGAGCUUAUUCGAGAUAAAACGGAGCUAAAAAAAAAGCAGAAAGAACAGGAAGUGGCGCAUAUGAACGAAAUCCGCGCAUUGAAAUUGCACAAUUCGGAGGAAAUGAGCAAUAUGAUGAAGAAAUUUGAAUCCGAGGCGAUAGAAUUGGAGCAAAAGUACGAACAAAAAUUAACUAGCCAAUAUGAGUCCUUAAUAUUGAAGCAUCGCAUGGAAAUAACUGAAGUGGAAGAGAGGAAGAACGUGCAAAUCGCGAAUCUGAUAAAGAACCACGAGAGUGCGUUUGCUGAAAUGAAAAAUUAUUACAAUGAUAUCACACUGAACAACUUAUCGUUAAUUAAGAGUAUGAAGGAACAAAUGGAAGUGAUGAGAAACAGCGAGGAACGUAUGAAGAAGCAAGUACGGGAACUGACAGCGGAGAAUAAAAAAUAUUUGGCCGACCUGAAAGCUUUGCAGGAAACGACUGCGGAACUUAAUCGUCAACUUGCAAAUUAUGAGAAAGACAAGCAGUGCUUGGUUAAUACAAAACGGAGAUUGUCCGUGGUGGCAAAGGAUCUAGAAAAUUUAAAGUGGGAGAAUGAAGUUCUCGAGCUGCGUUUUGAAAAAUGUCAAUCCGAGAGAGACGAGUUACAUUCUAGAUUUGUCUCGGCUAUAUUCGAACUGCAACAGAAAACGGGUUUAAAGAAUGUACUCUUGGAAAAGAAAUUAGAAAAGUUGUCGGACUUACUGGAGCAACGCGAAGCGCAGAUUAGCGAAGUGUUAGCUGCUGCCCAAUUGGAUCCUGCGGCGGUCGUUAGUGUGAAUAAAAAAUUAGAGGAUAUGCUCAAUAGAAAAAAUACUGCAAUACAAGAUUUACAAUACGAAUUAGCGAAAGUGUGCAAAGCACACGACGAUUUGUUAGCGGCUUACGAGAGUAAACUGCAAGAAUAUGGAAUUCCCAAGGCUGAACUUGGAUUUCAGCCCCUGAGGAUGAAGAUUGCCGGUGCGAAAUUCAGCUUAGGCCCAGCUGGGCUCGUUACAACAAAUCAGUAAUACAUUUUAUAAAUAUUUACAUAUAAUCGAUUUAUGAAAAUUUUAUAUACCUUGUCUGAGAAAAUUGUACCGACAAGUGGACACAUUUUAUCGCUAUUUUUGUAUAUUUUAAUGGAAGAGAUAAUAAGUUUUUCAAUAAGCCAUACAAUACUUGAUAUGUGUCGCGUUUAAUGCAUCUAGCGGUACUUCCUAACAAGCGAUACGUGAGAAAGCCUGAAAUAUUACCUCUGAACAUGUAGAAUUAACUUUGACACAGAGUAUUUUUAUUUUGUAAAACAAAUACAUUUUAGUUUAUGCGUUAUGUUCUCAAAAAUUACACAAAAUUAUCACAGAGAAUGUACAGAGUAGAUCGUAUCGAUGCCUGUAAGUUGUAUAGUCUCAGUAAUUAUUCAACAUAUUUAUGCUUUUGCCUCUAAUCACAUCUCUCGUCCGUGGUUAAUAUUGGCAAUGAAAAAUCUGAUAUCAUAUACGGCUCAUACACAUUUUCAUGAUUCCAUUACUGACUGCGUAACUUUCCUUCGCGCUCUCCAACGUCUCGUCAAAUAUCUAACAACUGGCAGGCACAAAUACAUUAAAGAUACAUUCAUAUAUAGAUAUUAACAUAUAGAUAUUAGACACUGACUAGUCUAACUUGUAAAACACCUGUAAGUCAAAUACAUCAGGUCACAUGGUUAAUAAAUUUCAAACACUGGC